AAACAUGUCUGACGAACAACCAAAGGGCCCAGGAGCUAUCCUCUGUGACAUGUGUACAGGGGAGGACAGGAAACCAGCACGGAAGACCUGCAUGAAAUGUGAGAUCUCCAUGUGCGUCCAGCACCUCCAGGCCCACCUCACCACUCCUGUGUUACUCCAAACUCAUCCUCUGACCGAGCCAAUGGCCUCAGGGGAUGCAGGCCUAGGUGGCACCACUAAAUGCCCCCAGCAUGGCAAACUCCUGGAGUACUACUGCUUGGAUGACAUGACCUGUGUGUGUGUUUCCUGCGCCAUUGAAGACCAGCACCGUCUGCACAAUAUGAAGACCUUCUCCACAGCCCACAAAGAGCUUCUGGCAAAGCUCAACGAUGCCAGUCAGCAGGCCUUACUGGUGAAAGUUGAUUCCCAGAGUAUGAGUCUGGAAAAGUGGGAUAAGAGUGAAAGAGAGGAGCUGGGUUGCUCUAGCGUGCGUCUCAUUGAGGCUGUGACUAACCUGCGUGACAUCACCCUGACCAGUGUCCAGAGUUCAGUCUCUGCCCGGAUGGUGUCCAUCAAAACCAGCAAGAGCAGCAUGCAAGCUGCACAGCAGGAGAAGGACACCUUCAGAUUCCUGCAGAUGUAUUCUCAGGUGCAUCAGGAUGUGGAGAAGGCCAAGGCUGUGGAUCUGAGGAAAGGCUUGGAGCCUGGCAGUAAUCGGGACAAACUGGUUCAGGAGAUAACACAGAAUGGGGAAAGGAUGAUGAAGCAGGCAGGCCAAUUCUGGGGAUCCCUGCUGACUCUGGUUGAUCCAGAGAACCACCAGGAGCUCACUGCUACUGGUUCAGACCUGAUCUUUGACCCACGGAGCUUUGGCCCUGGCGUGUUGCUGUCCAAAGACAAAAGGAAGGUUUUCUACAGCAGUUGGUUGGGGCAAUGCUCUGCCACUCUUCUGAUCCGUAGUACCCAGGCAGUUCCUAACAUUCAGAGGUGGAUGAUCAGUCUUUCCCCGGACUCUGACUGGACCAUUGGUUUAUGUGACAAACAGUCUGCAAUGAACUUGAGGGAUGGAAAGGUUAUUGGACAUGCCUAUGGUCUGAGCUGCAAAGGUAACCGGCUGAGCUAUCUCUCAACUUAUAAGUAUAAUGAUUGUGACCGUACAACAAUUUGUUCAGAUGGUUAUUUCGAACAACGCAUGGUUUACUCUACAUUAAUCACACAUUGUGGCAAAAAUGGGAGCAAGGCCAUACUGCGACCUGAAAUGGUUGAAGUGUUUUGGAACUCUACUGUCCCCUCGCUGUCCUUCUUCAGCAGAAAUGGACAGCAUCAGAGGGAAGAAAUAAUCACAAUUGGAAUGGACCACACCUACGGCCUGGUCCCCUUUGUUGAACUAGGAAAGGAAAAUGUCAAAGAUUUAACCCAGCAAUAUUGGCAGUGCUCCUGUGGGAAAUCUUUCCACAAGAAGAGCAGUGGAUACAGUGAUGGAAGGUGCAACUACUCUCGCUUGGGUAAUUGUCAGUGUGGAGCAAUUAUUGGUGACGUAUGCAUCACAGAGGUGGUUUGUGAACUGCAGUAAUGAGUGAGAUACUUUGAUCAUUGCUCAUCAUUAUCCAAAGCUAAGAACUGCAUGGCUUCUAAUAGCUACAGUUAUAGUGUCUCAUGUUUUCAUUGGAUGAGCAUAAAUCUCACUGACUGUUGUUAAAAUAUAGUUCUGGCAGUGUGAAUAUCAGUAAUAGACCAAUUGCUUACAUGAUAAGCAAUGUAACAUCUUCAGCUGAAUGUAUUUUCAUUGUUGUGAUUUGAUUUGGGGACUUGGUUCUUAUGUAAACAACAAUGUUAACUUUAAUGUUUCUGUUAGUUUCUGUGCUCACAUAGUACAUGCAUUUUAUGGUUUACAGUCCUAACACUUGUGUCAUACUUAUGUUGUUAAUGGUCCAAUCAUUAAAACGGCAAGCAAAAUUUUAAGACUUGAGUGUCCAGAGUUAUUUGCAUAUUAUAGCAAAUGCAAAACAAGUUAAAUGUGAGAUUUAUCAAGAGAGGUGGAGCAAAUCUAAAGACGUGAAUGUUAUUGGAUAUAAAUCAAGAAAAUGUAAAUGAACAUGAUGAAUGAAUUAUAAGAUUUAUAAAGUCUGCUAGUCCUUUUUUAAAAGUCCUGUCACUUCCUCAUUUCUAAUAUAUGACACGAAGCGUAUCUAAUAUGAUCUAAUAAAAAGGC